AUGGGAGAACUACUCCAUGGAGAAAGAAGCAAAAGCAGAUUCAGACGCGGAAAUCAUACUGUGAAGGAUGGAUUUUCGCUCCUGGACGUUGAUCGGCACUCCUCCAAGCUCAAGCCAAGCUCCAAUGGUGAUGAAGAUCAAGCUAUGGCACUUGGGAACUCUUGUUCGUCGCUUUCUCUCUCUAGGAAUCGCUCUGUUUCUCUAAAACUCGAAUCCCCUUCUGUUUUGGCUGAAAUCUGCCUAAGAGGGCAUCACUGGGCAAAACACGGUCGAGGGCACGGCCGUGUUCUGCUCCAGCCCACCCGUGCCCUUGCCAAGUGUUAA